CCUCUAAGCGCCUGCGCAGAACGCUGAGCUGCCAUGGCAACGGCGGCAGCGCCUGAAGCCGAGGGGACGCGGAGUCGAGUCGAGUGAUGUUCGGGUCCAGUUCACCUGCCGAACAACACGGAACCAGCUGGUGAACACGAGGCAGCGGGUCAUAGAGUGACGUCAUGACAGUCCGCUUCAAGGGUCAGAGUGAAUACCAGAAGAGCUACAGGGUUUCCCGGUCCAGGAGUGCGUCUCCUCAGCGCUGCGCCCCGUUGGCCGGCCUCCGCUCCGACCACAUGGGUCUCAGCAGGGAACCGAACCUGCAGCGUCGGAAGAGGCCCGGUCCUGGUGCUCGGCCUCUGCUCAGUCCACCAGACCCACGUCGAGACAUGUCCUCUGCUGCAGCCUCUAGGAGCCGCUCAGCCCACGGGGCGGAGCCUUCCCCGUGCCCAAAUCCUCCAACACCUUCUGAACCUCGAGCAGAACCAGAAUCUCCUGCUCAGCCAGAAGCUCCAGCAGGACCAGGACCUGCAGCUGCAGAACCAGGACCUCCAGCAGGACCAGGACCUGCUGCAGACCCAGGUCUUGUCUCCUCAGCAAAGCCCCGCCCUUCCCACCCUGACAGCCAACCACAGCCCAGCCCCUUGACAGCAGCCCCUGAUGGACAGCAGUCGUCUGCCAAUGAGGUUGACCAGGCUCUGCGCUGGAGGGCGGGGCUGAGGUCAGGAGGUCAGAGGUCAGGAGGUCACAGGUCAGAGCACCGCAGGCAGUUCAGAUGGAAGAAACCUGCAACUUCUGCUUCACCCAUUCUGACGGCAGAGCGGGUGCUGUACUCCAGCAGCAGGUCCAUUCCGCCCUUUAAGAAAAACCCUGUUGCCAUGGAAUCUGAGUAUCAGCGCAGCUUCCAGGCUCUGGCCCCUCCCGCCAGGCCACGCCUCCUCAAACACCUGGAGCAUCAGCGAAUCCCGCUGUUCCACACACACACGACCAACAAGAAGAGGAGGGAGGAGUCUCCAAAGAUGCCCACCCCAAAAGAACACAUCCCUACCCCCCAGAACGAUGACAUCACCCCUCCUCCUCCUCAAGUGCAGAAAAGACACAGGAAGUUGACAGAGUAUGAGUCCAGCUUUCGUUCUCCCCUCCACAGGAUCCCAGAAGAAGGCGGCGCCAUGGACGGCGACGCCCCUCAGGUGAGGGAGCUGAGGCUGAGGGCGUCGUCGCACCGCCGGCGAGCCUGGGGAACCCACUUCUCCAGAGAUCACCUGAGCCAGCUGCGGUCAGAGCACAACGCCCUGUGGGAGGCCACGGACACCGCCACAGACUCCGCCUCCGGCGCCGCCUCCCCCCGCCUGACCCUUGACCUUUGCCAGGAACCGGACAGCCGCGGCACUUCCUGCCCGGAGGCUCUGGACCUGGUCAGUCGCUCCAGUGAGGCAGACACACACACAACAGACAACAACACAGCAACACGUCGUCAGGCCUGGGAGGAAGAGGAGGAGGAAGAAGACACAGACGAGGAGGAGGGGAGGUUACCGACUCCCAGGCUGAAGAUGAAACCAGUUCAGAGAACUCACCACGACCUCACCACACCUGCCAGCGCAGGAGGCGCUAUACUCGUGGGGAAAGUGAAGAGCGGUGACGAGGUAAAUCGUCACAGACGUGGAAAAACCUGGAAACGUGGAAACCAGAACGUAGAGUUCUCACAGAGGUGUGGGUCGGCCGUCUCCAUGGCAGCAGGGACGGACCCUGUUGUCGACGCGACGAUGAGACGGACGGAGGCGUGGUCGGAGAACAACCCCCCCCACCGCCCAUCACCAGGCCCCUCCCCCUCCCCUGGCCACAAACCAGCGUGUAAACCAAUCAGGUCGAAGCUCACACCUUCACCCCUGGUAGCCCCGCACCACCAGGCCCCGCCCCCACCGCACUGCAUCCAGGGAACUCUGAGACACCCGGACUUCCAGCACAACGGUGAGUUGGGGUCAAGGUUCAGGGAGCUGCAGUGUUCAGGAGACGAUGAAGACGACCGACUCUCAGUGAUGUCACGGCGUUCGGCAGCCUCGUGCUCCGUGGCGUCCGCCGUCCUGGACCGCGCUCAGAAGAGACGAGAGAACUUCUGGGGGAAGAGAUGACCCCCCCGUGACCUCCUGACCUCCUGACCUCCUGACCCCAACCAGGCCGCUGCUGUCGCCCUGGAAACCGGCGUGUUGUCUGUAGAGCUGAGUGGCAUCAUGUGUUUUAUUAGAUAAAGUCAGAAUUAUUUUGUGAUAGAAGUUUUUGUUAUAAAUGUAACAAUCAUGUGACAUUAAUAAUUAUGUUGUUCGCUGGAAGUCAAGUGAUAAAAGUUACUGAGUCGUCUUCAACUCUUCGUCAAAGGUCAAAGGUCAUUUAAUACCUUUUAUUAAAAUCCUCCAAAGUAUGAACAGACGUGGAGAUGAACUCGUUCAACAGUCUGUUUGUUAUGUCGAUAUGAACCAAGAUUAUUUCAAAUAAAAAAACUUCUUCAUC